AUGACAGUACUGAUGUCCUUUUACUUACUGAUAGUACUUUAUCUAUUACAUGCCUUUCCAGAUAGAUUUGCUGUGUUACCAAACAAUAAUCUUCAAAUUUUUAAAAUCAACAAAACUCAUGAAGGAGUUUACAGAUGUGAAGGAAGAGUUGAAGCUAGAGGGGAAAUUGACUUCCGAGAUAUCAUUGUCAUUGUAAAUGUUCCUCCAGCAGUUACAUUGCUCCAGAAGUCAUUUAACGCCACAGCAGAUCGGGGAGAAGCAGUUACUUUAUUCUGUAGAGCCAGUGGCUCACCUGAACCUGAAAUCAGCUGGUAUAGAAAAGGCAAGCGGAUUGAAGAAAGUGACAAAUAUACACUGAAAGGAAGCAGCACAGAACUAACCAUCAGAGAUAUCAAAAACAUUGAUGCUGGUCCUUAUAAUUGUGAAGCAAAAAAUAAAGCAGGAAAGAUGACAAAUCAGACAUUCCUUCAAGUUUUUGUACAACCUCAAAUAAUACAACUUAAAAAUGAAACUGCCUUCGAAAAUGGUCAAGCAACUCUUAUAUGUGAGGCAGAAGGAGAACCUGCCCCUGAAAUUACUUGGAAGAGAGCCAUAGAUGGAGUAACAUUCUCUGAAGGUGACAAGAGCCCAGAUGGUCGUAUAGAAGUCAAAGGGCAGCAUGGAAGGUCGUCGUUGCACAUUAAAGAUGUGAAGUUGUCAGAUUCAGGGAGAUAUGACUGUGAAGCUGCAAGUAGAAUUGGUGGGCAUCAAAAGAGCAUGUACCUUGAUAUUGAAUAUGCUCCAAUCUUUGUGUCAAAUCAAACAACAUAUUAUUCAUGGGAAGGAAAUCCCAUCAAUAUAAGCUGUGAUGUUCUAUCUAAUCCAUCAGCUUCUAUUCAGUGGAGACGGGGAAAAUUGGUUUUACCUGGAAGAGACUCAACUCAUUUAAAGAUUCACAAUGCAGGAAAGAAACUGAUAUUAGAGAUUGCUCCCACAUCUGACAGUGAUUUUGGGCGGUAUAACUGCACUGCCACAAACCGGAUAGGAACACGAUAUCAGGAAUAUCUACUUGACUUAGCUGAUGUACCUUCUAGUCCACAUGGAGUGAAAAUUAUAGAAGUAUCACAGACAACUGCUGAAGUUUCUUUCAACAAACCAGAUUCACAUGGAGGAGUUCCCAUUCAUCAUUACCAAGUAGAUGUGAAAGAAGUCACUUCAGAAAUAUGGAAAGUUGUGCUUUCCCAUGGAGAUCAGACAAUGGUUGUUCUCAACAACCUGGAACCAAACACAACAUAUGAAAUCAAGGUCGCUGCUGUAAAUGGGAAAGGGCAAGGCGAAUAUAGCAAAACUGAGACAUUUCAGACUUUACCAGUUCGUGAACCCAGCCCCCCAGCUAUUCAUGGACAAGUAGGCAUUGGGAAGAGCUAUAAACUUAUCAUAACAAAACAAGAUGAUGGAGGAGCUCCUAUUUUGGAAUAUAUUGUAAAAUACAGAAGUAAAGACAAGGAAGAUCAGUGGCAAGAAAACAGAGUUCAUGGCAAUAAAGACCACAUUAUCCUAGAGCCUUUGCAGUGGACAGUGGGUUAUGAAGUGCAAAUUACUGCUGCCAACAGGCUAGGGCAUUCAGAGCCAACAAUAUUUGAGUUCACCAUGCCACCAAAGCCUAAUAUUAUUACAGAUACACUUUUUAAUGGGCUUGGACUUGGUUCAGUCAUUGGACUGGGUGUGGCUGCUCUUUUAUUAAUCCUUGUUGUGACUGAUGUCAGCUGCUUCUUUGUACGACAAUGUGGAUUGCUAAUGUGCAUCACCAGAAGGAUCUGUGGAAAGAAAAGUGGUUCCAGUGGGAAGAGCAAAGAACUAGAAGAAGGAAAGGCUGCAUAUCUGAAAGAUGGAUCAAAAGAACCAAUAGUUGAAAUGAGAACAGAGGAUGAAAGAAUUACCAAUCAUGAAGAUGGAAGCCCUGUAAAUGAACCCAAUGAAACAACACCAUUAACAGAACCAGAAAAACUGCCAUUAAAAGAAGAAAAUGGAAAAGAAGUUUUAAAUUCAGAUACUAUAGAAAUCAAAGUUUCUAAUGACAUCAUCCAGUCAAAAGAAGAUGAUAGCAAAGCAUAA